UCCGUCGUGGAGAAUGGAGUUCCAUUUGGCGUUCUGUGUUCAGAGUGCGCGGUGAUAGUCGCUGCAGUACAUAUGCCAGCUCAGAAACUUGUUGAUAAGCAUUCUCUGAAGAUUCUAAACAUGGAGCCUUCAAAUCUACCGCAGAAUCACUCUCAUCAACAGCUGAUGGGCAAUGCUGAUGAUUCAGACAGUAUUGACACCACAGUUCCAACAUUAACUGCCGGACCAGAUGCAUCGCAAGGGAGGCGUGGCACCGGCAUCAGAUUGCGUGAUAAAAUAACUGUCGCAGUAUUGUUCUACGUCAAUCUCAUCAACUAUAUGGACAGAUUUACAGUGGCUGGUAUCUUACAACAGAUUCAAACACACUACAACAUUGGUGAUGACAAAGGUGGCCUAUUGCAGACUGCCUUUGUUCUUAGUUACAUGGUGUUUGCACCAGUCUUCGGCUACCUCGGUGAUAGGUACAAUCGCAAACUACUGAUGGCACUGGGUGUCCUUCUGUGGAGUGGCACCACUCUUGCUGGUUCCUUUGCAAAUAGUUACCAUAUGUUCCUGACAUUCCGUGCCCUUGUUGGGAUUGGGGAAGCGAGUUAUUCAACCAUAGCUCCAACUAUUAUUAGUGAUCUCUUUGUUAAGGACACCAGAUCAAAAAUGCUAGCUCUAUUUUAUUUUGCAAUCCCAGUUGGCAGUGGCAUGGGCUACAUCAUUGGCUCAGAGACUGCACGUGCCACUGGUGUGUGGCAGUGGGGCUUGAGAGUAACCCCUAUAAUGGGUGCUAUUGCUGUAAUUCUCAUCCUCUUGGCAAUGGAAGAUCCAAUGAGAGGCGAGAGUGAAGGGAGAUCGGAUAUCGGACGAACUUCUUGGCUACAAGAUAUUCGUGCUCUUGGCAAUAAUGCCAGUUUCAUGCUGUCAACCCUCGGCUUCACUUGUGUCGCAUUUGUUGCUGGUGCCCUGGCGUGGUGGGGUCCAAUGUUUAUACACUAUGGGCUUGUUCUACAACCUGGCCAUGAAAAUGCAACUCUUAAUGAUGUUUCUUAUAAGUUUGGAAUCGUGGCCAUGUUUUCUGGAUUGGUUGGGGUUCCUCUGGGUUCCUGCUUGGCUCAAUUUUUGAGACCUAGAUACCCUCGUGUGGAUCCUAUGAUAUGUGCCAUAGGGUUACUUAUUAGUGCCCCACUACUGUUCAUCGCAUCACUCCUAGCUGAAAGUAGCAUCUCUGUGUGUUACAUAUUUAUAUUUUUUGGAGAAGUAUUCUUGAACCUCAACUGGUCUGUAGUGGCUGACAUGUUGUUGUAUGUUGUAAUACCAACCAGAAGAUCAACAGCAGAAGCGUUCCAGAUUCUUCUUUCCCAUGCUCUAGGUGAUGCUGGUAGCCCUUAUUUAAUUGGUGUGAUUUCUGAAGCUCUGAAGACAGCACUAAACAAACCAGAUGUUUCUUUACAUGCUAAUUCCACAAUUCUUAGAAAUGACACUAUGAUAAUUGGAGUUCAUGAAACGGAGGAUCCUGUUGUGCGGUUCAAAAGUCUACAAUAUGCUCUAUUCACAACAAGUUUUGUUGAAGUACUUGGUGGUCUCUUUUUCUUGAUAACAGCUCUGUACAUAAUUCGGGACAGAAAAAAAGCCGAACUGGAACAUCAAGGUGCUGAACAUCCACAGCCAAGACAUCUUUUUGCUGAUGACUGAAAGUGGUUUAGGGCUGUAAAUCAUUACACGGUGUGUUGGGCAGUAUUUAAAAGUGCACGCUGUUCCUAAUUCCCUAUGUGAGUGUGGUCAUUUGUUAUGUUGUAGUACUGACAGAAACUAUAUGCUUACAUUGCACCAAGUGCUGGUGAGUUUGAUAGUAAAUGCAAGUCUGCAGUAUACGAUGUGAACAGUGCAACAAGGAAAUGGUUUAAUCAGUUUUAGGGAAAUGUGCUCUGCAUUGUUACAUAAUAUUUAUUGUACUUACCCAGCAGUUAGCAAGGACUGACUAGUUGAGCUGUACAGUUAGUGAUAAAAAUUGAGUGGUUCAAACAAAUAUUUGUCUUGUCAAAAGAAACAUGAUAAAAGAUUGUGAUACUGAUAUUUCUAUUUUUGUGCUGAAAAUAAUUUGUUGUAACUUUUAUCAUGAUGCAGAAAUCUGCGUUAUGUAAAUGCAUCAUACACUGGGGCAGAAAUUAAAUUUCUGUUGCUUUUUACAACAUUAUCUGUCCAGUUAUAUCUCAGUGAGAAGUUGGUUGAUCAAAUUUUUAUGCAUAAUUGGGCAAACGGCAUUGGAUUAUUAUGUCAACAGUGAAAUGAGUCAAGAACAAAAUUGUAUCAGUGUCUUAAUUUCUGUUGUAUUUGUGCACCAUUGUUUAACAGUUUUGUAAGAAUCUAUCAUUGUUAGCUGAAUAAUGUUAAGUUGUUGUGUGCCACUUUCUUGACAGUGACUUAAGUUGAUACUGUCCCUUUGAUAACAACAAAAUUUAUGUAACUUUUUGCAGAGCAGAUAUGAAACUGUUUAUAUUAAACAGUAAACAACAUUUCAUUGCUGAGCAAUGAGCAUGAUAAACACAUGUCCAAGAAUUGUUCCAUGCCACUUAGAUAUAUAUGGAUUUUGUGUGAAGUUAGCCUGGCACUCAAAAGUAUGUACAGUAAUUAUUAAACUGAGCACUUCCAUGUUUACUCAGUCAUCUGGCACUAACAAAGAAAGUCCACUUGCCAAAAUACUGAAGUAUUCGACUGUUCACCCUGAAAUUCAGUUAAAAUAAAUUCAUUAAAAUUUUUUCAACCAACAAUCAAUGGUAUAUGGAUUUUUCAUUUUUUAUAUAGUAAUUAUCUCAUUAAUUAAUGCCAUCUUCCAAAAGAAAUUUUUACAGCAAGAAAAAUAUAAGGUUGUGGUUCCAAACUCCUAACUAAAUAAGUAAGUUCAUUACAGACAAUAGAGUGACAACUAUAGUGGGGUGGGGGUGGGGGGAGGGGUACUGUGCUGUGUGUAUUCUACUCAGGGUUUUCUGUAACAUUAUUACAGAAGUUUACUGUUCAUAAUGAUGAAAACAAUGAACUUAAUUGUUCUGUACUACAUUACUUCCUUUUAUAACAAGAUAUUAGAUAUUUACCCAAUGGUAAAAAUGCUUUUGCUUUCUCGUGUGCAUUUGAGUAUCUCUUCACCUAUUUUUUUCCCCCAGGAGCUAGUUGAAUAGAUACCUUUUCUGUUAGCUUUUGUCAGACAUCAUUAAACUGUGGAAUCAAAGACUGUAUCGUAAUUACUGAAAGACUUGGAAUUUUCUUUAUGAAAUUAUUGGUUAAGAACAUGUGUAAGUUCAAACAUGUCAGAUGUUUUGGUUAUUUGUAUAAGAACAGUACUCUUCCACAAAAAGAAGCUUAAACAUUUUAGUAGCAUUUAAGUGUAAUGUGACUAAAAGCAAAAGUUUUAUUUAAUCUGGAAUUGUAACAUAAAUAUGUGUUACGUAUUUUUGGUAUCACUAGAUGUACAUCAUUUAUUACUGUUCACUGUUAUACUCUAAAUGCAGUGUUUAUUUGUCAUCAUUAAUCUGUAAUUCACUUUGUUACUAUAUUGGCAAGAAAAGGAUGUUGUAAUUAAGUCUUCAGCAUUGGUUUUGAUCCUACUGUUACGUAGAACUUGCACAAUUAUAAAUCUUCAAAGGAAUUAUUUAACAUAAGAAAAAAUAACUGAUAACAUGAUUGCAUGUAAUAACUGUAACAACUGGUGACAAAAAAGAGUAGGAAAGGAGCAAAAGAAUGAGGAGGAGGGGGGAAGAAAUUAUUGUUUGUAAGUGUCAUUGACAAUACGAUGUAAAUCAUUUCAUGCCUUAUUGAGGUCAAGUUAGGACUACUUGAUUUACUAAUUACUUUGAUAAUGAAUACCACUAUCUCGCCACAGGAGUCUUGCAUUGGAAAUUAUAUAUAUAUAUAU